GGAAAAAAGGCACAAACCCUUCCAUACUUUUUCAUCAUUUUUACUAUGGAAAGUCAAAGAUUAGGAAAAAAUACUUCAUUAGGACUCGAUAAAAUUGUUAAUCGUGUUUCAAAUAUAAGCCUUUAUGAUAUCAAAUCUAUAUUUCGCAAGGCACAAAAUGUUGUUAUGAAUUAUAAUGAGAUUGAAGUUAAGGUUAGGGAAGCGACUAAUAAUGAGCCUUGGGGUGCCAGUACUACGUUAAUGCAGGAAAUAGCAGUUGGAACAUAUAGCUAUGCGGCUUUUAAUGAGAUUAUGACGAUGAUCUACCGGAGAUUUACAGAAAAAUCGGCGGGGGAAUGGAGACAAAUAUAUAAAGCACUUCAAUUGCUUGAGUUUCUUGUAAAACAUGGAUCAGAACGGGUGAUUGAUGAUGCAAGAUCUCAUAUUUCUAUUAUUAAAGUUCUUCGAAAUUUUCAUUAUAUUGAUAACAAGGGAAAAGAUCGAGGAGUUAAUGUUUCUAAUAGGGCGAAAGAAUUGAUUCAAUUGUUAUUGGAUAAUGAUCUUUUGAAACAAGAGAGAAAAAAGGCAAGAAGCAAUAAAGAAAGAUAUAUAGGAGUUGGAUCAGAUGAUAAUAAAUGUAAUAAAUAUGAAGGGUUUGGAAGAACUAAAUCAUUUUGUGCGGAAUAUAAUGAUGAAACGUUUUAUGGGGAUCGAAGAUUUAAUAAUGAAACGAAAAUAGGGAGUUAUAAUAGUAUGGAGAAUUCGAUUUAUAAAGCGUCUAUAUCUACUUUUGAAGAAUAUAAUGAAUUUGAUGAUGAUACACAAUAUAAAUCAUGUAUACAACAGAAAAAUAAUCAAAGCAAUACAAAUUUGAAAGCGUCAACAAUAAAUAGUAAAAAUACCGUAAAUACGUAUACGGAUUUGCUUCCUUUUGUGAAUGAUUCUUUUAAUUCUAGUGGAAUUGAAUCACGUAGAUAUCUAAGUUUUAAGGCACCUAGUGAAUCAUUAAAUUCUAGUACAGAUGACAAGUUUGAUGAAUUUCAAAGUGCAUCACUUCCUUUUGAAUACAAAAGCGUAAAUUCAGAACAAGAUAAUAGUUUAUUAUUCUCUAGUCAAAUGUCUAAUGAUUCAUCAUUAACCAAAAGGUGUGCUAUUCAAUCAAAUCAAACAGGAGACCAGUCAUUAGAUAUUUGUUCCUUGAUUUUACAAUCUAAAGAGGAUAGUUUAAUAUGUAAUUUUGAUAAAAAAAAAAAUACUGAGCAACCAUUGGAUGAUAUCAUUGAAUUUGGUUCUUUAAAGUCUUUAAAUACACAACCAAAUGAUGCAUUUAGUAGUAUAUGGACAGCUGCUCUUAAAGACAUUAAUAAAUCAUCUACUGAAGAGGUUAAAUCUAUUACAAAUGAAGCUAAAUCUCUUACGGUUACUGCUUCUCAUAAUGAUAAUAUUCUCUAAAAUUGAAAUAUUUUAAAUAUGUUAGAAUUCAUUUUUAAGAUUUCUU